AUUUUUUCACCAAUUAUCCACUAAUUUAUUUUAAUUUAGUUUUAAUUAUUUUCUUGCGAUUGUCAUGCUUCUCGGCUCCUCGGACUUGGAUGAGUAGUGAUGUGUGACGUUUUGCCAACGAUAUCGGAGGAUGGUCCAGCGCUGUUGAUGUCGGAAUCAAACCGUGGGGGGUCCAAUGGAACUGGCGCUGGCUACAUCGAUGAUGAAGAAUGUUCGUCUGGUGAAGAUAAUGUACAUGACCUUGAACUCAUGAUUGAGAAUAUGACUGAUGAACGAGAGAAACUUUUGGAGUCAUUGAACAAGACACAAGAUGAAUUGUCAUCGGCCAACAUUGAACUUCAAGAGUUGCGACGCGAAAGAGAUGCACUGACGAAGCAGUUGUAUUCGAACCAGCCCCAGGAAGUUGUCAGCUUGUGCAAGGAGGUGACGUUACUGCAAGAACAGGUACUUGAAAAAGAUGAAGAAAUUUCUGAACUGAAGGCUGAGAGAAGUAACACAAAGUUGUUACUGGAGCAUUUGGAGUGUUUGGUUGCUAGACAUGAGAAAUCUCUUCGUAUGACAGUUGUAAAACGGCAAUCAGCAGCAAGUGGGGGUGUGUCCAGUGAGGUCGAAGUCCUCAAGGCCCUCAAGUCAUUGUUUGAACAUCACAAGGCUUUGGAUGAAAAGUUGAGACAGAGGUUGAAGAUUGCUAUGGAAAGAAUUGUACAACUGGAAGAGGAGUUGAUGUAUGCCAAUAACGAGCUCUUUCAGUAUAGAGAGAUGGAGUUUAAGAUGAAAGGCAGUACUGAUAACGAUGAGGAAAGCACCGCUAAUUCAACUUCAUUACAGGAAAAUAAUAAAAAGAGGAUAUCAUUGUUGAUGGAAAAGCAGGAAAGCAUUGAACUUACUAUGUGUAGAUCCCAGAUUGUUGAUCUUAGGUCGAAGAUAACAUCUCUGAAUGAGGAUUUGUUAUUUUGGCAGAAAGAAUCAACGAAACAGCAAGAGAUUAAUAAAAAAUUAGAGAAUGAUAUUAAGGAGUGCAACGCUCAGAAAGAAGACCAGGAGGAGAGGAUAUCAACCUUGGAGAAGAGGUACACGAACAUUCAGCGGGAGUGCUCCUCACUGCAGGAAGACAACAACCAACUGAUGGAUCAGCUCGAUGCCAAGACAACCCUCGUCAAAAUGUUGGAAGAGAAACUGCAGUCCCUCAACGCCCCACCAACAUCCACAUCACUAUCGUCACUUUCUAAAAGUAACACGGGCCUGGCGGAGGAUAAGGCGUCGCUGCUGUCGAAAAUUUCAAAUCUCGAGAUGCAAGUUGAUGAACUGAAUCAAGAACUUGAAAGGGCACGACACCGGGAUAGAUUGAGUGAGGAACACAACAAUCGCCUGUCAUCUACUGUUGACAGGCUGCUCUCCGAGUCGAACGAAAGAUUGCAGAUGCACCUCAAGGAAAGAAUUAAAGUGUUGGAAGAAAAAAAUCGGGUCACCGAAGACUUAGAACAGUCCAAAAAAUCAAUAAUUGACCUAGAAAAUCAAAAGGAUUCAAUGCAGAAACAGAUUGAUCAACUAAUGAAGGAGGUUAAGAGUUUAACAGAGAAAAACAGUCAGCCAAUGAAAGUCGAAGCAUCAGCUCCUGGCGACUUUGCAUUCUAUCUCUUCCCAAAAAGUAGAUGGACUGAAUUUUCUGAUCCACAGCACGUGCAACCAGCCGUAAGUGUGUCGUCACGGUCUAUGCAGUUGGCGCAAGACGUCGUGAGUGGUGGCGGUUGCGUUGGCGAGCUUGAUGGAGCUGACAUCAUUGAUGAUAGCGCACAUUCUGUCGCUAAAUUACUGCAGGAUCAACUCGAUGCCAUCAACAACGAGAUCAGCAGCAAUGACAGCAAACAGCAGUUUACAGAUCAUCAACAAUCGGCGUUGACUAGCUUAUCCGCUGCCACGUCUGCUUCAGCUGCUGUGGCCACAGCUACGUCGGCUGCCGUUGAUAAGUCUCCGUCGCUUAGCAAUCACAGCGGAAGUAAUCUGUUUGCCGGAAGUGGGGGAGGAGGAGAUGGAUCGUCAUCAUCACCGACUCCAUCACCGAGAUCUACUUGGAGAGAUAAGCAGUAUCCACCUCUUGAUUUGUCAAAUGAAGAACUGAUAAUUCUCGAUCAGGGUGUAUCAGCUGCCCAGCCGUCCUCUCACCCUCAUCAACAUCUCACAACCACAUCACCAUCGCCAUCUAUCACUGAGUUCUACGAAUCUAACCAAGAUCAGUCGCGAGAAGCCUGGUCUUCAUCAAACAGUUACAUGUACAUGAUGAACCAGAACUCGACCGUCACUCAACCAAUUCUAAGGACGUUAGACAACCAGCAACAGCUGCAACAACUCAGCAACAACACGCUACAUCGGCAACAGCAACAACAAUUACAACAACAACAGCAGCAACAACAACAACAACACAACAGCUCAUCAUCAUCCAGCCAAGAUUCACUCUUCAAGUCACAGAUGAAUAAAAAGAAGAAACCUGGGAUAAAGGUUUCUCUCGGUAGGAUAUUCAGUGCUUCGAAGAAGAAGUACAAAGGACAACAGCAGCAACAGCAGCAGCAACAGCUGCUACAAGCUGCCGGUGGUGUCAGUGGUGCUGGAGAUCAAGACACAAGCAUCAUGGAAACAUUAGACAUACCCGGAAUUUUACCAUCUGAAUUUGACAGAAGAAAAAAGAAAAAACAGGAGCUGCUUGACGAGGCUAUGAAAGCAGAAACCCCAUUCGGUAUGUGGAAUGGACCAACCAUUUUGUGGAUCGGCAUGCCCGCCUGGUACGUGGCGGCUUGCAAGGCCAACGUGAAAAGUGGCGCCAUAAUGUCGGCCCUCUCCGACCAGGAGAUUCAGAGGGAGAUCGGCAUCAGUAAUCCGCUGCAUCGCUUGAAGUUGAGACUUGCCAUCCAAGAGAUGGUCAACAUCACCAGUCCUUCUGCUCCUAAGCUCUCCAAGCAACCUUUAACAGCAAUCGGUGAGAUGAGCCAUGAAUGGAUAGGGAAUGAGUGGCUACCCUCUCUGGGAUUGCCCCAGUAUCGAACCACCUUCAUGGAGUGUUUGGUGGAUACCAGGAUGCUCGACCAUCUGACCAAAAAAGAUCUCUGCAACCAUUUGAAGAUGGUCGAUGGAUUUCAUAGAACCAGCCUACAAUAUGGUGUUGCAUGCCUUAAAAGACUCAACUACGACAAAGAGGAACUUUCGAGAAGGAAAAGUCAGGCAGCCUUGAACCCUAAAGAACUUGAAGUAUGGACGAACGAACACGUAAUACAAUGGUUACAGUCAAUAGGACUAAAAGAAUAUUCAUCUAAUCUCGUCGAAUCAGGAGUGCACGGCAGUCUGCUGGCCUACGACACCUCCUUUGAUCACAACUGUUUUGCCAUGAUGCUUCAAAUACCAACCAGCAAUGUGCAGGCACGCAGACUAUUGUACAAAGAAUUCGACAACAUUUUGAGUAUCGGUUCUGACAGGAGGUUAUCCGACAGCACAUCCCUAGAUUCUGUCAACCCACAGCCGACAAGGAGAGGUCUGCACAACAACAGCCACAACAACAUCGCCUAG